CUGGGUUCUUCAUGUCCAUGUUUUGUAGAAGACGCCAAUAUGCAGUAGGCUAAGGCGCUGAAGCAGCCCGACCCCCGUGUCACUGCCUUCAACAACCACCAUGAUGAGUGCCCACCAUGGCCUGUUCGAGGUAUCACCAGCCUCAAACUCCAAGGCCACAGGUCCUGAACAGCCUUCCAAUAAUCCCGGUGCUCCACAAGUUCACCCGCUGUCAUCCCGCACCCCCUCCAACGAGCACCUCUCCCUCAAGUACAGCCUCCUCGGCCCCUCCCUCACAAAGUCCGGCCAAGACAAUGUCGACCAGCAAAAGGUCUCCGAGAUUAUAUACAACGCCUCUAAAGGCAGCAAGUUCUUCAACAACGAGGAGGCUAGGGACAAGAGCCUCACGGAGAAAAUCAACAAGAUCCUCGCCCGCAAACGCCAACUCGAGAAUCUUGACCUCGGCCCCGAAUUGCGCAGGGCAGACGACUACAUUGCUGAGCUGGAGCUCGGGAGGGACUUGAGCCAGGUGGUGGUGCACAUCGAUUGCGAUGCUUUCUACGCGGCGGUCGAAGAGCUCGACCGCCCUGAACUGCGUCAUGUGCCCAUGGCUGUCGGGAAAGGCGUGUUGACCACGUGUAACUACCACGCCCGCAAGUUCGGCUGCCGCUCCGGAAUGGCAGGCUUUGUGGCCAUGAAGCUGUGUCCGCAGCUCAUCUGUCUCCCUCUCAAUUUUGAAAAGUAUGGGGCCAAGGCGCAGGAGAUUCGGGCUGUACUUGCGGAAUACGAUCCUCGAUUUGAGAGCGCGAGUGUGGAUGAAGCGUAUCUCAACCUGACACAAUACUGUGAAGAUAAUCACAUUGACCCUGAGGAGGCUGUGAGUCAAUUGCGCGCCGAAGUCCACGAAAGGACCAAAAUCACUGUUUCAGCGGGCAUAGCUGCAAAUGCUAAACUGGCCAAAAUCGCGAGCAACAGGAACAAGCCAAAUGGACAGUUUCGGAUAGCGAGCGACAGGCAAACAAUCAUGGAAUUCAUGAAGACAUUACCAACAAGAAAGGUAAACGGCGUUGGCCGCGUGUUCGAAAGAGAACUAGACGCCAUUGGUAUCAAAACCUGCGGCGAUAUUUACGCCCAUCGAGCUUACAUCUCCCAUCUGUUUGGCCAAAAAGCAUUUCAGUUCCUGAUGCAUUGCUACCUUGGGCUUGGACGCACAAAAAUCCAACCAGCAGAGGACUAUGAACGCAAGAGCGUCGGCACCGAAACUACAUUCCGCGAAAUCAGCGCUCCGGACGCCUUGCGCGAGAAAUUACGCCAUAUAGCAGAGGAACUAGAGGGUGAUCUUCAGCGCACAGAGUUUAAGGGACGGACAUUGUGUCUUAAAAUCAAACUCCACACGUAUGAGGUUCUUACCAGGCAGAUAUCUCCGCCGUUCGCUGUCCAUCUCGCGGAUGAUUUGUAUAAAUACAGUUUACCAAUGCUGGAGAAAUUGAUGAAGGAGAUCCCGGGCAUGAAACUCCGACUGAUGGGAUUGAGAGUCACACAUAUCGUCAGCAGGAAGAAACCGGGCAUAGACUUUUUCGGGCGACACAAAAUCCCAACUCCCACAACCAACACCAAUAGGCCCAGCACCAUGAAAGACGACGACGGUGAAUGGGAAGUAUGGCCCGAAUCCGAGUUCGAAGAAGCCGCGAGGCAGGAACGCAACGACGAGAUGAACGAGCUCGAAAAACUCUCUCAAGAACAAGAACACGUCAACGCCAACAACCCCCUAAAUCCAGCAAACUCAGAAAUCCAAACCCAAGACCCAGACCCAGACCCAGACCCCUGGAUCUGCCCUAUAUGCUCCCUUCCCCAAUCCCCUGAUGACUCCUCCUUCAACUCCCACAUCGACUUCUGCCUCUCCCGUCAGACCAUUAAAGAGACCAUCAAAGCCACCGCUCCCGUAUCUAUGAUAUCCACAUCCACCAAUGCCAAACCUCGACCCUCCCCCGCUCUGGCAUCCUCCGCCAAGAACAAAGGGAAAAGGGGACGGCCUAAAAAUGAGGCCGGUAGUGGAUCUAAGGAUAACUUCGAAAAGGGGAGGGAGAAGCGGCGGGCCUUUUUCUUCUCGGGAAGUGGGGCAUGAUCAAGAUGAAGUGAAACGAUAUUAGAUCAGGUGAAAUGAAACACUUGC